AUGUUGGAGAAUCUCUGGACGAUGCGGAAGCAAAAGAAAACACCACUUGUUGGUGACCGAGUACCUUUCGAGGUUGUCGUUAUGGAAUACGAUCCAGUGGAGAGUUCUGAGUACUAUACAAAAGCAAAGGAGCUGCUGGAAACUUAUAGUGACAUCCGUAUUAUUCGAAGGGAUGGUAACUGUUUUUAUCGUGCUGUAUUGGUUGCGCAGAUUGAAUUAAUGCUUAAAGAUCCGGAUGAGUGUACGAGGUUUGAGAAAGUCUGUAAGGGUUGGCAAGAUCGCCUUAUCAAGCUCGAUUAUCCUGAUUUCACGACGACUGAUUUUUGUGAAGUGUUUUACAAAUGGAUGGGUCCGAUUUGGUCACGGCAAGUAGGUUCCAAAACCAUUUUCCAAGAUCUUAACGAUGAUAACGAAGCUAAUUAUCUCAUAAUAUUUUUGAGGUUGAUAACAGCAGGAUAUUUGAAAGAACAUUCGGAAGAAUAUGCUCCGUUUAUUGAGGAUAUUAGUCUUUCCGAUUAUUGCGCUAGUGAAAUAGAAUCGAUGUGGAAGGAUGCUGAUCAUCUGGCAGUUACUGGUCUUGUCAACGCCAUAGGACAGAGUAUUCGUGUGCAGUACAUGGAUCAGAAUGCUGCCCCGAAUGGUGGCCUGUAUUAUGACUUUCCACCCGAUCAAAGAGAAGUCCCUCGCAUAACACUUCUCUAUAGACCAGGUCAUUAUGAUUUGAUUUAUCGUAGAUGA